GUGGGUCAACGCGGUGGGUGGCAGCUUUGAGAACACCUUCCGCAACGGAGGAUCCCAGGUUUCCUGGUACGUGGGCGGGCAGAAGCCCUCGGAGAAGUCACCCAUCGUCAAGAGACUUCUGUCAAAGGCCCGGGGUGAGGCAGAGCAGAAGAAGACGAAGAUCAUUCUCUUUGUUCGGCCACGGGCUACCGAGCCCUACGUCGUCUGUGGGCCGUGUGCUUACGUAGCUCACAACGCCCGGAAGAAGGGCUUCGAGUUCACCUGGAAGCUGCAGGAGUUUGCGUCGCUGAAGAACUGCGCCGACUUCAAUCAGCUCAUGGACGUGGCCAAGCGGGGAGGCUCUUCGGCAGCUGCCAAAUGGGCGUGA